UGCGUAUAUAGAUGUGACUUCCACUUUGAGCCGUUUAUUGAGCAGAGUUUGGCGGUCAUUACCAUUUUAAAAUUUCUGUUUUCACAUUACGGUCUUCCAAAUCUCACCCACGCCGUGGACGGUGGAACCCUAAGAUAUUUCCGGGCUGAUGAAGAUCAAGAAACCUCUCAAGGAACUCAAGCUCUCUGUCCCAGCUCACAAAUCUCCCAUCUCCAGUUUCCUGACAGCAAGUGGGACCUUUCAUGACGGGGAUUUACUGCUGAAUCAGAACGGGCUUCGAUUGCUUUCUGACGAGAAUGAAGCCCUACCUUCAGAAACAAAGGAGAUUGAUCUUCAGUUCUCAUUGGAAGAUCUUGAGACCAUCAAAGUUAUCGGCAAGGGAAGUGGUGGUGUUGUUCAACUUGUUCGCCACAAAUGGGUUGGAACAUUGUUUGCCUUGAAGGUUAUCCAGAUGAAUAUACAGGAGGAGAUUCGAAGACAAAUCGUUCAAGAGCUCAAAAUAAACCAAGCUUCACAAUGUCCAAAUGUUGUGGUUUGCUACCACUCGUUUUAUCACAAUGGAGCUAUAUCUCUUGUGUUUGAAUAUAUGGAUCGAGGGUCACUAGUUGAUGUAAUCAGACAGGUCAAGACGAUCCUUGAACCUUAUCUUGCUGUUGUUUGCAAACAGGUUUUACAAGGCCUGGUCUACCUGCAUCAUGAGAGACAUGUGAUACACAGAGAUAUAAAGCCCUCAAACUUGCUAGUGAACCACAAAGGGGAAGUUAAGAUUACCGAUUUCGGUGUGAGUGCAAUGCUAGCAAACUCUAUGGGUCAACGUGACACAUUUGUCGGAACUUACAAUUACAUGGCUCCUGAAAGAAUUAGUGGGAGUACAUAUGACUUUAAAAGUGAUAUUUGGAGUCUGGGCAUGGUGAUUCUUGAGUGUGCUAUUGGGCGUUUUCCUUAUACAAAAUCCGAGGAUCAACCAAGUGGCCCCAGCUUUUAUGAGCUUUUGCAGGCAAUUGUUGGGAGCCCACCACCCUCGGCUCCACCAGAUCAAUUUUCUCCAGAAUUCUGUUCAUUCGUCUCGGCAUGCAUACAGAAGGACCCUAGAGAUAGAUCUUCUUCCUUGGAACUACUGAGCCACCCUUUCAUCAAGAAGUUUGAAGACAAAGAUAUUGAUCUGAGCAUUUUGGUAGGUAGUUUGGAAGCACCAGUCAAUUUUCCCAAGUAAUCAUAUUCCAAGAACAACUUCUUUCAUAUAAUACAUUUUACUGUAUCUGUUGUGCAAUUUGUUCCAUAUUUAUUAAGCAGAUUCAAGUGAUCUAUACAUUUUACUUGGUAAUGGCUUGAAGUCAUUAUAUAUCAAUUUCUUUGUAAGCUGAAGUCAAUCCACAAUGUAGUAAUUGAGGUUUUUAUAUUUCACCUUUACAUCCUUGCCAUUAUAACUAGCGAUGCCAUGUUUUGGUUGGAAAGGUACAUCUCAGACGAUUUUGAAAGGUCCAAUAGGUGAAAAUUUGGUAAUUUACUCAGUCUAACAAUUUUUUUCCUAGAAGUCAACAACUUAA